AUGCAGACCAAAGGGGGCCCACGGUGGGCGAGAAGGGCCCUGCUCCUCGGCAUCCUCUGGGCUACUGCACACUUGCCUCCCCCAGGUGCCUCCCUGCCCCAACGUCUUCCAAGGGCUACAGGAAAUAGCACCCAAUGUGUUAUGUCCCCAUCUUCGGAGUUUCCUGAAGGGUUUUUCACAAAACAGGAGCGUGCAGAUGGAGGCAUCAUAAUCUACUUCCUAAUUAUCCUUUACAUGUUCAUGGCCAUGUCUAUUGUCUGUGAUGAGUACUUCCUACCCUCCUUGGAAAUCAUCAGUGAAUCCUUUGGAUUGUCCCAGAAUGUUGCAGGUGCAACUUUUAUGGCAGCCGGUAGUUCAGCUCCUGAAUUGGUUACUGCUUUCCUAGGUGUAUUUAUCACACAGGGCGAUAUUGGCAUUAGCACCAUUCUUGGAUCUGCAAUUUAUAAUCUCCUUGGCAUCUGUGCAGCCUGUGGCUUACUAUCUAACGUGGUUUCAACGCUAUCAUGUUGGCCCCUAUUCAGAGACUGUGCAGCAUACAUGAUUAGUGUAGCAGCAGUUCUUGCCAUAAUAUUUGACAACCAAGUUUACUGGUAUGAAGGAACUUCACUGCUUUUGAUAUACGGAUUGUAUGUUUUGGUGCUGUGUUUUGACAUUAAAAUUAACCAAUAUAUUAUAAAGAAAUGCAGUCCUUGCUGCACCUGCCUUGCCAAAGCAAUGGAAGAGAGAAGUGAACAACAGCCACUGAUGGGAUGGGAAGAUGAGGAUCAACCAUUCAUUCGUAGGCAAUCAAGAACUGACAGUGGAGUAUUUCAUGAAGAUUCUGGCUACUCCCAGCUUUCCAUAAGUUUACAUGGUCUUAGUCAGGUUUCUGAAGAUCCACCAAGUGUUUUCAACAUGCCUGAAGCAGACUUGAAAAGAAUUUUUUGGGUACUAUCCCUUCCCAUUAUUAUACUACUUUUUCUAACCACACCAGAUUGUAGAAGAAAGUUUUGGAAAAAUUACUUUGUGAUAACCUUUUUCAUGUCAGCACUGUGGAUAUCUGCAUUUACAUAUAUCCUGGUUUGGAUGGUCACAAUAACUGGGGAAACAUUAGAAAUUCCAGAUACAGUAAUGGGCCUUACUUUAUUAGCAGCAGGAACAAGCAUACCAGACACGAUUGCAAGUGUGUUGGUUGCAAGAAAAGGCAAAGGAGAUAUGGCUAUGUCUAACAUCGUGGGAUCCAAUGUGUUCGAUAUGUUGUGCCUAGGAGUUCCAUGGUUUAUUAAAACUGCAUUUAUAAAUGCAUCUGCUCCUGUAGAAGUGAACAGUAGAGGACUAACUUACAUAACCAUCUUUCUCAACAUUUCAAUUAUUUUUCUUCUCUUAGCAGUUCACCUUAAUGGCUGGAAACUAGACAGAAAGUUGGGACUAGUCUGCCUAUUAUUAUACUUGGGGCUUGCAACAUUAUCAGUUCUGUAUGAACUUGGAAUUAUUGGAAAUAAUAAAAUAAGGGGCUGUGGUGGUUAAUGUUAUGUGGAAAAUGUGAAUGAUGGGGAAGGGCAGAGAAGGAAA